CACAAUGCCGCCUCAAGGGCAACCCCCGGCCUGGGUGCUGGACGAGUCCGACGCGGUGACCGAGGACAAAGACGUGGCCACCCCCGCCCCGGAGGCCGAGAAGAGGAAACUGCAGAUUGUGUGGAGGAAUGUCACCCUGUUCGUAUUCCUGCAUAUCGGGGCGCUGUAUGGAGGAUACCUGUUCUUUACUAAGGCUAUGUGGAUCACCAGGAUUUUCACGGUUCUAUUAUACAUAAUGUCCGGCCUCGGCAUCACGGCGGGAGCGCACAGGUUAUGGGCCCACAAGUCGUACAAGGCGCGCCUGCCUCUGAGGAUACUGCUCACAAUGUUCAACACAAUCGCCUUCCAGGAUUCUGUGCUGGACUGGGCGCGUGACCACCGCAUGCACCACAAGUACUCCGAGACCGACGCCGACCCCCACAAUGCCACUCGCGGCUUCUUCUUCUCGCACGUUGGCUGGCUAUUGGUGCGAAAGCAUCCACAGAUCAAGGCCAAGGGUCAUACCAUUGAUAUGAGCGACUUACUGGCCGAUCCCGUGCUGCGCUUCCAGAAGAAAUACUACCUGACCCUGAUGCCGCUCUUCUGCUUCGUCCUACCCUCAUACAUCCCCACUCUCUGGGGCGAGUCGCUGUGGAACGCCUACUUCGUCUGCGCCAUCUUCCGCUACUGCUACGUCCUCAACGUCACCUGGCUGGUCAACUCCGCCGCCCACAAGUGGGGAGACCGUCCCUACGACAAAAACAUCAACCCUGUCGAGACCAAGCCUGUAUCCCUGGUCGUUUUUGGCGAAGGCUUCCAUAAUUACCAUCACACUUUCCCUUGGGACUAUAAAACUGCUGAGUUGGGAGGCUAUUCUCUCAAUCUUUCUAAGCUCUUCAUUGAUGGUAUGUCUAAAAUCGGAUGGGCGUAUGAUCUUAAGUCAGUUUCCCCUGAUAUUGUGGAGAAGCGAGUGAAGAGAACCGGUGAUGGUAGCCACCAUGCUUGGGGCUGGGACGACGCGCCGGCGGACCAGAAGGUGGCGGCGACCAUUGUCAACCCCGACAAGACUGAAUGAACUGAUUAGAUCGGUUGACAUAUAGUAGAUCGAGGAAAUCGGAUCACAGGGCGAUUCGGGUCAGACUAAAAAAGUUGAUGAUAUUGAAAAUAUUGCGUAAGGCUGGCGUCGUAGGGUAACAGAAGACAUGUACAGCGCUAUUUUAAAGCACUCAAAUCAAUGAAAUAUUUCAGAUAUCGACGGAUUUUUCAUGAUGAUCCGAUUCACCCUGUGAUCUGAUUCACCUCGGUCUACCCUACAAGAAGUCUGUAUUGUGAUGUGAAGAUUAGCUUAGUGUAGGUGUAUCUGCUGUUUAGCACCAUUUAACUAUAAAAAAUAUAUUUUUUUUCAUCAACGAGGCCGAAACGUUUUGGUCCUUUCGACUCCAUCAUUAUGUAACACUGCGAGAUUUUAAUUGACCAUUUAGAAAGGCAUCAAGCGACUACAAAUAUUUAAAUUAUUAAAAAAAAACAUUUCCAUAUAUUUACCUAUCGGUUGGCAUUUGUUUUUAAGCUGUAUAUGCAUUUGUUUAUAUAUUUGAUUUUAUACAUAGUUAAAUAGUGUUAGUAUGACUCACAGUUUAAAUGUUUUUAAACUAGUGUAGAGUAGCUGUUUACACUUUGCUAUUAAUUAUUGUGACGAUUUGUGAUAACUAUUUGUUGAUAAUGUUUAGUUUAUUUAUUUAGGAUUAGGAGUUACCAAAUAUUAAUUAACAUUGAAUGUAUAAUUAUCUGCACGUAAUGUUGAUAGCUGUGAAACAUUAGUUUUAGGUAUUGUGCUCAAUAAAUACGUUCUGAAAGA